AUCGUAAACAUACACGUCGAGUUCUGCCUAAUGAGUUAUGAAUUACAAAAAAAACAUCAAGCUGAUUUAGGACGAAAAGCGAACGUUUCCCGUAAAUUGACCUAUAUCAAUCAUCACAAGAAGUAGAAUGGAAUUUUGCCUUGUACGAGAUGGGAUACUAAAAAAGGAAGAAGCAGAAAACAGCCCUGAAGCUUUUUCCUCAUCGUCCGCUCCAACAAUCGAUCCCAUAAUAAAACUCGAUAAUCAAAUUUGUAAUGAGGAAUUGAAACAGCAAAGUGAUCAUAAAGACGGCAUACUACCUAAAGGGGAGCAGGUUAAUAGUUGCGAAAUUUUCGGGGAACAAUUUUCGUUGAAGAAAACCUUGAAGAAGCAUAUGAUCGUUCAUACUGAAGACCAAUCAUUUAAGUGUAAUUUGUGUGGUAAAACAUUCCGGAAUUAUCAGCAAUUAAAGGACCACACAAAUAUUCACGUUGGAGAACGUGCAUACAAUUGUACUGCAUGCGGAAAGGACUUUAGUAGUAAAAAAAAUCUUUUAGAACAUAUGCGACUUCACACAAGCGAGCUACCGUUCAAAUGCACGGUAUGUGGAAAAGAAUUUCCAAUUAAACGUUACCUAACUAAACACAUGUCUAUUCAUCAAAGUUUGUACAAAUAUAAAUGCGAAGUGUGUGGCAAAGCCUUUAAUGAUGGUGUUUACUUUACGAGACACAAACGCAUUCAUAUGAACGAGAAGUUUAAAUGCACUAUAUGCGAGAAAGAUUAUUCCAAUAAGUAUUAUCUCAGCAGACACAUGAAAAUUCAUGUAGAUGGUUACAAGCAUAAGUGUGAUGUGUGUGGCAAAGGAUUCACCUGCAAAUCAGUUUUGAAAGACCAUGAAAAUAUUCACACAGGUGAACGGCCUUACAAAUGCACUGUCUGUGGAAAGAACUUUCAUCGUAAAACAAAACUUUCUAUACACAUGAAAUAUCACACCACAAGCGAGCAACCGUACAAAUGCACCGUAUGUGGGAAAGAUUUCGCCUUUAUGGCUUACCUAUCCAGACACAUGCUUUUUCACUCGGAUGAUUAUAAGCAUGAGUGUGAUGUGUGUGGCAAAGGAUUUGUAACUAAAGCACUCUUGGAAGAUCACAAACGCGCUCAUACAGGAGAACGACCGUUCAAAUGCACCGUAUGUGGAAAAGAAUUCGCCAUUAAGGGUUACCUAACUAAGCACAUGUCUAUUCACCAAAGUGUGUACAAAUAUAAGUGCGAAGUGUGUGGCAAAGGCUUUCACGAUGGUACUAACUUUGCAAAACAUAAACGUAUUCAUACGAACGGGAGGUUCACAUGCACCAUUUGCGAGAAAGAUUAUACCUCUAAGUAUGAACUCAGCAGACACAUGAAUAUUCAUGUAGAUGAUUACAAGCAUAAGUGUGAUGUGUGUGGCAAACGAUUCAUGACCAGACCACUCUUAAAAGACCAUCAAAACAGUCACACAGGGGAACGGCCUUACAAAUGCACUGUAUGUGGAAAAGAUUUCGCGGCUAAGUCUUACCUAUCCAAACACAGGUUUAUUCAUGAAAGUGAUUACAAGUACAAGUGUGAAGUGUGUGGUAAAGGCAUGAAUGAUAGUUCAAGCUUCGUGAGACACAAACGCCUUCAUACGGACGAGAAGGCCAACGAUUAUAACCAGCUUAGUUUUAAAAGGAGUGUUACCAACGACUGAGUAGUUACCUUUAUAUCAUCUGGUUACUGGUGACAACCGUUGAGACUGAACUAGUUGUUGAAUAAAAAUAAAUAACUGCCUA